AUGUCAAUUAACACCUUUUUAGGUGGUCAACAGUGCAACUGUGCUCCUGCUGCAGCAAAUUGUCCACGAGGUCCACCUGGUCCUCCUGGACAGGCUGGAGAGCCGGGAUCCGAUGGACAACCCGGUCCCAAUGGUCAGAAUGGAACACCCGGAAUGGAUCAAAUGCAGGAUACCUUUAAGCUAAAGGAAUGCAUAAAAUGUCCUGCUGGACCACCAGGACCACCAGGUCCAAACGGUAAUGGAGGUCCUCCUGGACCUCCGGGAGCACCGGGCAAAGAUGGUCUCGCAGGACCUCCAGGACCGCCUGGACCUCCUGGCCCAGCUGGAGAUCAAGGACCGAAUGGAAAUCCUGGGGCACCCGGCGCACCUGGAAGUCCAGGAGCAAUGGCAGAGAAUCACCUGCCAGGACCUCCUGGCCCCGUUGGACCACGCGGCCCACAAGGACCACGUGGCCAGGACGGCGCUCCUGGACAUGAUCCAGGACCUGGAGCUAUGGGACCUAUGGGACCAGGAGGACUUGCUGGUAAAGGUGGUAUUGAUGGCACACCAGGCGAGAACGGCAGAGAUGGAGUCGAUGGCACUCCAGGACCGGAUGCGGCCUACUGCCCUUGUCCUCCCCGCACUUCCACAUUUGGUUUUCGCGAAUAA